AUGGCAGCACAGACUGAGACCAGCAAUGCUGAGGCGCAGCAUGUGCUCACCAGCGGAGUGGACGAGAAAGGCGAAGUUCUAAAUGCGCACAACACCGUCGGUCUGGCCGUCAUGGAGCAGCAGGAGCUUAUUCCCAUCACCGGAGAACGAAAGGUUACGACACAGUGGGAAUACUGGACAUACUGUGCAUUUUAUUUCUCACCCAACGGAGGAGCGAUAUCCUCGAAUGGCCAAUCCAUGAUGCAGCUCCUCAUCAGCCUGCAGUUUCCGGACAACAUAAUCCCCUGGGGAGGGAGACUGACUAACAUGAACUCGCUGGUGAGCCCAACCCCAAAGCUUGAUACUCAACGAAAUAAGGUCCUUGACUUCACUGGCAUCAUCUUUGCAAUUCAAUUGGCUCUCCUUCUAAUCAUCGGACCAUACGCCGAUUACGGCAACUGGCGACCUUACAUUCUUAUGGUCUGUCAAUUGGUCCUCGUAGUUCUGGGAUUUGCAUUCAUUGGGGUCAAAAGUCCAUCUCAAUGGGUGGCCGCAGAGGCGCUAUACAUCAUUACUACUGUCGCGAACAAUAUCGUCAACGCGUUCUACAUGGCCGCCUUUCCCGGUAUCGUCCAGGACCUGCCGAAGAUUAGACAAUCGGAACGAGAGGUCCUCGCGGGGACGAAGAGUCCAGAAGAUCAUGAGCUUUUGGACUCCUACGAGAGAUCCAAGCUUAACAAUCUCCUGAACGUCGUCGGAUCCUCCGUCGAAGUAGUUGCCUUUUGCGUGGCAGUUGGGAUCGCUGCGGGGGUUGGUUAUGCUACCAACGCCGAAAUCAUCCGAUCGUAUCAGAUCUUGCUCGGGUUCUUCGGUGCCUUCACCAUCAUUGCCACAGUCCCGUAUUUCAUCGCCCAGAAGCAUCGACCUGGUCAACAGCUACCCGACGGUGCGAACUGGCUCACUGUCGGCUUUGUGCAAAUCUGGGCCGCGAUCAAAGGGCUCAAGUAUUUGAAGCAGUGUAUGCUAUACAUGUUCGCGUAUUUCAUGAUCCAGGAAACGUACGGAACGUAUUCCAGUAUCACUGGCAUUUUGCAGAACGAAGUCAUGUCGUUUUCACCGGUGAUGCUCAACGCUCUGUCCGUCAUUGGUAAUCUCCUGGGAGGAGGCGGCAACUUGUUCAUGUAUUUGCUGCAGAAGAGAUUCAGAUUCGCGACAAAGCCAGGUCUGUUCUAUGGAGCUUGCAUGACAUUGGUGCCCAAUCUCUUUGGUGCAAUCGGCACGUUUACAAACGUCAUUGGCUUCCAUCACAAAUGGGCGUUUUGGCUGGCUCAAGCAUGGAACUUUCAAAUGGCUGGCUGGAACGCAUAUCAAGUCGCAUUCCUCUCAGAGGUCGUCCCUGCGCCCAAGGCGUAUCUUUUCUUUGCCCUCUUCAACACCGUCGGUAAGACCUCGUCCUUCGUCGGGCCAUUUGUCUCGUCUGCCAUUUCGGCAAAAACCAAUGGCAACACCAGCGCUGCUUAUUGGUUCACACUUGCCAUGGGUACCACUGGCACUGCCAUUUUGUGGUUUGUAGACCCCAAGAAGGCGAAGCUGGACUGCGUGAAGUUUCUUGAGGCCGAAGCCGCAGACCUCUACAACAAAGAUACAGUGCCGGCUCCCGAGACCGUCGUGGUCGAGUCGGAGGAUCACAAAGAUGUUGUCGCUUAA